AUGAUACCAGGAUUUGGAAACCUCAUGCAGGAUGUGCUGUGGUGCUUUAGUCAAGUAAAAGGAACUAUUGACAUAGGAAUCACAGAAGCUGACAUUAUCUCUACAGUAGAAUUCAACCACACAGGAGAAUUACUAGCGACAGGGGACAAGGGGGGUCGGGUUGUAAUAUUUCAACGUGAGCAGGAGAGUAAAAAUCAGCCCCAUCGUAGGGGAGAAUACAAUGUUUACAGCACGUUCCAGAGCCAUGAACCCGAGUUCGAUUACCUGAAGAGUUUAGAGAUAGAGGAGAAGAUCAAUAAAAUACGAUGGCUCCCGCAGCAAAAUGCAGCCUACUUCCUUCUCUCCACCAAUGAUAAAACUGUGAAGCUAUGGAAAGUUAGUGAACGAGAUAAAAGACCAGAGGGCUAUAAUCUUAAAGAUGAAGAUGGCCGCCUCCGAGACCCCUCCAUGAUUACAAUGCUACGGGUCCCUGUACUAAGGCCCAUGGAUCUAAUGGUGGAGGCCACUCCCCGAAGAGUAUUUGCCAAUGCGCACACAUAUCACAUCAACUCCAUAUCCGUAAACAGUGACUAUGAAACCUACAUGUCAGCUGACGACCUGAGGAUAAACUUAUGGAACUUCGAAAUAACCAAUCAAAGUUUUAAUAUCGUAGAUAUAAAGCCAGCCAACAUGGAGGAGCUAACGGAGGUGAUCACUGCGGCAGAAUUCCAUCCACACCACUGCAACACCUUUGUGUACAGUAGCAGCAAAGGGACAAUAAGGCUAUGUGACAUGCGGGCAUCUGCCCUUUGUGACAGACACUCCAAAUUUUUUGAAGAACCUGAAGACCCAAGUAACAGAUCGUUUUUUUCUGAGAUCAUCUCCUCAAUUUCUGAUGUUAAAUUCAGUCACAGUGGAAGGUAUAUCAUGACCAGGGACUAUCUCACCGUCAAAGUAUGGGACCUGAACAUGGAGAACAGGCCUAUUGAGACAUACCAGGUACACGAUUACCUCCGAAGCAAGCUGUGCUCGCUCUAUGAGAAUGACUGCAUCUUCGAUAAAUUUGAAUGUGUGUGGAAUGGGUCUGACAGUGUCAUAAUGACCGGCUCCUACAACAAUUUCUUCAGAAUGUUUGACCGCAACACCAAGCGUGACGUAACCCUGGAGGCCUCUAGGGAAAACAGCAAACCCCGGGCCAUACUCAAGCCCCGCAAAGUGUGCGUUGGGGGCAAACGGAGGAAAGACGAAAUUAGCGUGGACAGUCUGGACUUCAGCAAAAAGAUCUUGCAUACAGCUUGGCAUCCUUCAGAAAAUAUCAUUGCAGUGGCCGCAACAAAUAACCUGUAUAUAUUCCAGGACAAGGUUAACUAG